AUGCUUAGUCAUCUGAUAACCAAAAUCCCUGAUGCCAUCAAUCAAGACAUUACUAUUCACAGCAAAGCGCUCUUAACCCUACCCAACGGCGAUUGCCUGGCCCCAUAUACAACUGUCUGCCGUCGAUGGCAAGCAGCUUGCGAGCCAUUCAUCUACUCCAAUUUAAUCGUCUACAGCGAUGAAACCCAGAAAGACGACCAGAGAGGGAUUUCUCUGGUACAUUUUCAAAGACUUAUAUCAGGAGCCGGCGCUAUAAGACGAGCCUGGAUACAGAAUCUGCAGUACGAUAUUCUAGUACCAUUCGAACUGUUAGACUGGACAACACGCAAAAGAGAGACAGACCAAUACAGGAUAGCUAACCCCGUCCGAGAGGCAAAUAACCGGGCAUUUCAGACAGCUAUCAUUAAUCUAUUUGGCAUCCUUGGUCAAUGGGAUCGGAAUAACCGUCUCUCCCUAGACCUAGGGCUGCGAGGCCGCCGAGUCGGUGAAAACCCCGCCCCGGAGCCAAACACUUCAUAUUUCGACAUUGCUGGGGACUAUCGACACGAUUUUAAAACAGGGCGCACCGAUGCAGUUCCACCGUACCGGGCGCGCUUCCACAAUAAUUAUGCAUCUGUUCUGGCUUAUGCUUCCUGUGUUGACAAGCUUUCUUUUACCAAUAGGCGGAUUGCUUUCUUUAAUGCUCGGGGAGAACAUAGGCAUCGGUACCAUCAAAUAUGGGCCGGCACAGUGGCACAGAUUGUUCAGCACUGUCCGACUGUCACGGAACUAUAUUUGAAUCUGGAUGAGUGGGUAAGGCCAGAUCAUUUGGAGUAUAUUAAAGCCCCCUGUCAAUGGCUCGCCCUGCCCACAGCUGAAUGGCAAGAGGAAAUAGACGAAAUAGAAGAUUGGGAAGAAGAGAUCUGUGAUUACGAGAGUGGAUGUGUCGAUCGAUCCAUCAAUGACGAUGAACAGUUCCAUCGCUUCUUCAUUUCUCUAGGUUACGCGGCCCGGUAUAUGCCCCGUUUGAGAUAUAUCCAAUUUAGUCUCGACCAUGGACCAACAACAACCUUCAGCUUCAGACGCGACUUGGACCCUAUUACUGCUGAGUGGCUCUCUGAAGCGGACCCGGAGUAUCGACCGGAUGAACGGGUUGCGAAGGCCUGGGGGUUUCGGCUUGAAGAUAUAGAGAUUACGGGGGCUUGGGAUAUGGAAUCUGUUGUGAGGUUUGCUUAUUGA